AUGCAUACGACUGCCGAGUUGCAAAUGGAAAACAACGUUUCUUCUACGGGCAACACUCUAUACAAAUAUUCGAGAGAUGAACUUCUUAAACUAAAAGAAACGCAAGAGAAGACGCCAAUAGCCGAUGAAACUGAAGCCAUCUUAUCUGAUAAGAGAUUACAUCGCAUACAACUAGAAUUCGAUGCCAGCCGCAAUAGCUUCGUAAUUGCGAAUCAGAUCAAAAUGGAAGGAAUACAAUUUGAUCAAACACUUCUCAUUUUCGAUGUGAUUAUCAACUACGAUAUAGAGACAAAGCUGAUAGUGAAAUGGUGGCGUCCACAACGUGGCGGAUUACGAGUGGUUUCGAUCACGGCUGAUCAGGAUGGUCGAUUGAUUGCAAAUGAGGAAGAUAUGGCCUUCAACAUUGAUCCAACCACGAGCCAUUUGUCGAUCGAAAAGACCAAGAAGCUUGCGGUCACGCUUCGAAACCUUCGAGCUGAGAAGUUGCUCCCGGAACUGCGUGACGACAAAAAACAUGUGAUUUUCGAGUUCGAACUGAACAUCGGUGGCAAACAGGAAACUUUUUGGCUUCGUUUUUAUUACAACGGGCUUCUGAACCCAAUAUUCACCAAGAAAACGCCAAGCGAUCAUGAGCACUAC